GAUCUCGACAUGCAGUCAAAAGAUUAUCAGACAGAAAGGGAAAGCUGCUGCUAGGCUAGCUCAUACAGGUGGCCAGUGCCCCUGGUCUCAAACCACCACACCUGUUUAGCACUUCGAUUCUUUCCAUUUCGCCAAGACCUAGUAAUAAACAGGUGGUUAUCUCAAACUACACGCGUGGAAUCCACCAUCCCAAGUGUACGCUGAAUGCUAAUUUAUCACGUAAUCUAAUGAAUAUUCGUGACAAAAACUGCAGAAAAAAUUCGAUGUAUAUACAGCAAUCUCAUCUCAUUUCAUAUCCAUGAGCUAAGCUAAGCUGUAGUGUGGACGUUGACCAACCAGGUCGAUGAUGAAGUUUCACGAGGUGAUCAAGCUGCCAUCCAUUGCUCAUUACGGCCUACGCUAUGUGCUUCCCGCCGCCGCCGUCGCCGCGUGCGUUCUGGUGCUCGCCACCGUCAGCCUACCCGGCCGCGUGCCGCUGCCGCUGCUGCUGGCGCCGGAGGUGAUGACGAAGACGGCGGAUGGCGUCGGCGGCGACACGUCUGGCUGUGACAUCUUCAAGGGCGAGUGGGUGCCGGACAUGGCCGGCGAGCCGCCGCCGUACACCAGCGAGAGCUGUCCGGUGAUCCAUGGACACUAUGAUUGCAUGCGGUACGGACGGCCGGAUCUUGGGUACGUCCGGUGGCGGUGGCGGCCGGACGGCGGGUGCGAGCUGCUGCGGUUCGACGCGGCGAGGUUUCUCGCCGCGAUGAGGGGCAGGUCGGUGGCGUUCGUCGGGGACUCGCUGGCGAGGAACCAGAUGCACUCGCUGGUGUGCCUCCUGUCGCACGCCGAGCGGCCGGCGCCGUGGACGAACGGCAGCUACGCGUACCGCUUCGAGCGGCACGGCCUCACCGUCACGGCGUUCUGGUCGCCGUUCCUCGUCCGCGCCGUCGAGACGGACCCCGACGGCCCGACGGGGAGCGGCUCCGGCCUGUGGAGCCUCCACCUCGACGAGCCCGACGCCGGGUGGGCGGCGCACGUCGGCGCGUUCGACUACGUCGUCGUCUCCGCCGGGAGCUGGUUCUACCGGCCGUCGAUGUUCUACGACCGCCGCGGCCGCCUCGUCGGGUGCAACACCUGCCUGUCCCCGAACGUCACCGACCUCACCCUCCGUUACUCCCUCCGGAUGGCGUUCCGGAGCGCGCUCCGGGCGGCGGCGACGGGCUCGCACCGCCACGCCACGAGGAGGACGGUGAUCGUGCGGACGAUCUCGCCGUCGCACUACGAGAACGGGACGUGGAACGGGGACGGGGACUGCCUCCGGACUCGGCCGGCGCGGCGCGGCGAGUGGGAGUUGAACGCCAUGGAGAAGGACAUGCACCGGAUACAGGUCGAGGAGUUCGCGGCGGCGGCGGAGGAGACGGCGGGGAAGAGGGGGAAAGAGGCGGCGAGGAUGCUGCUGAUGGACGCGACGGAGGCCAUGGCGCAGCGGCCGGACGGCCACCCGAGCAAGUACAGGCUGUGGCAGCCGGACAAGUUCAAGGUGUCGCGGGACUGCGUGCACUGGUGCCUUCCCGGCGCCAUGGACGCCUGCAACGACAUGCUGUUCCACAUGCUCAUCGGGUGAUGGCUGAUGCCCGUUCUUCUCAUUAUGGCUCGUCGAUUUUUUUUUCUUUAAAAAAAUACAUCAGCAUUGUUUAGAUAGCUUGGGAGCCUGCUAUUGAUGGGAUGUCUGAUUUUUUUCAAAUCAUUGGAAAGUAUUGCACCGUGUUA